AUGACCUCAAAUAAACUGCGUAAUCGUGACUUAUUGGAUAGAUCUCUCAGCAAGAAGAAUGUGUCUGAGGAUAGUCAACCGAAUCAGUCUGGAGAUACUGAUGGUCAACUGUUCUACUGCACCGUUCGCAAUAUUCCCUCUGAAAUGAGAUCAAAAGAUCUGCGCAUAUACUUUUCAGACUAUGUUGAAAAUGGAAAAUUCCAUUGCUUUCAUUUUAGACAUCGGCCGGAACAUCAACAACAGCUCAGCGCUAACUCAAUUUUCAUUGAUCAGUACGUAGAUAAAUUAGAAGAACUGAUUUAUGCCAUUCAGAGUACGGUAACGGGACAGGAAGCAAAAGUUAAGAAAGAAUCUUUAACCUCAUGCUGCAUAAUCAGUUUCACUUCAAGGGAAAUAAGAUCGGAAUUUAUCCGAGAUUACCAUGGUUCUCACUGGAAAAACAGCGAAGGAAUGGACAUUCCUCGAAGAUGCUUUGUCAGUGCAGUCAAAGUCACAAAGGGUAACGAAUGUACAUCCGAUUGUGUUACCGACGUUGAUUUACGACAAAUGAUUGAAUUACGUCCACCAUUGGUAAUGCCACAUGGCAAUGUUGGCACACCUACACAAUACUUCCUGGAUCAG